ACCAGCUCUCCAUGGGGCAGCCCCACUCGCUCCAACCUCGCAGGGGAGGGGUCGGCCCCUUUCCCCCCCAGCCUCUCCCCACGCGAUCCGGCUUAAAGGCGACAGACGCGGCUCGCGGUCCUCUCAGUGCCGAGCAGCUGCUGGAGCACCGUCGCCGCCGGGCGCAGCAGCCUCCCCGCCGCCCCCUCCCAGGCUCCCGGCUUUACCUGAACCAGCACGACGGGGCAGCCGCCUGCCCACCUGCCUCCUGGCUCCGUAGCUGCCCCUCCGCGCCUUCCAACCGGCCCAGGAAACACUGACAGCCUCAUAGGAAUUUAUCACCUUGGAACAGAAUGAUGAAGCUGCUACAGAUUGCUGCUUUGCUUUUGCUGGUCUUUACUGCAUUAGAAGCCCGACCAAAACUUUUAGGAGCAAAGUGUAAGACAGGCCCACUGGACAUUGUCUUUGUGAUUGACAGCUCGCGCAGCGUUCGUCCCUUUGAAUUUGAAACUAUGCGGCGCUUCAUGAUUGACAUCAUUAACAACCUGGAGAUUGGGUUCAAUGCCACAAGGGUCGGAGUGAUCCAGUAUUCUAGCCAGGUCCAGAAUGUCUUCUCUCUCAAGACCUUCUUUAACCGGGCUGACAUGGAGAAAGCCAUCAACAGCAUUGUUCCAUUGGCCCAAGGCACGAUGACAGGGCUGGCCAUCCAGUAUGCCAUGAAUGUGGCCUUUACCAUGCAAGAAGGAGCACGCCCAUUGCACAAGAAGAUUCCUCGAGUGGCUGUGAUUGUAACAGAUGGGCGGCCCCAAGACCGUGUGACAGAUGUGGCUGCUCAGGCCCGAGCGGCUGGCAUUGAAAUCUACGCUGUGGGUGUGCAGCGUGCAGACAUGAACUCUUUGCGGGCCAUGGCCUCUCCCCCACUUGAAGAACAUGUUUUCUUGGUGGAAUCUUUUGACCUCAUCCAACAAUUUGGCAAGCAAUUCCAGGAUAAGUUGUGUGGUGUUGAUAUGUGCACAGAACUGGACCAUGGCUGCCAGCAUAUUUGUGUCAGUGUUCCUGGCUCUUUUUAUUGUCAGUGCAACUCGGGAUACAGGCUCAACGCUGACAAAAAGACAUGCUCCAUCAUCAACGCCUGCGCUGAUGGGAGACAUGGCUGUGAGCAUCAGUGUGUCAGUUCUCUUGGCACCUACACUUGUCAGUGCCGGACAGGCUACUACCUCAACCAGGACAAAAAGACAUGUACUAUGAUCAAUUACUGCAACUUCGGUAACCACAGCUGCCAGCACGAGUGCGUUAGCAUCCUGAAUGGGUUCUAUUGCCGCUGCCGUGAUGGUUAUACCCUGCAGGCUGAUGGCAAGGCAUGUCAGGCCAGCGAUCUCUGCAAUAGUGUAGAGCAUGGAUGUGAGUUUAAAUGUGUCAGCACCUCAGGCUCUUACCACUGUGUUUGCCCAGAGGGUCAGCAGCUCCAGGCAGAUAAGAAGACAUGCAACAAGUGCAAAACGGGUCACAUUGAUUUGGUGCUGGUGAUCGAUGGCUCCAAGAGCGUCCGGCCUCAGAACUUUGAGCUGGUGAAGCAGUUUGUAAAUCAGAUUGUGGACUUCCUGGAUGUGUCCCCUCAUGGCACCCGAGUGGGGUUGGUCCAAUACUCCAGCCGUGUCCGUACAGAGUUCCCCCUCAACCAACACACAACUGCAGAAGAUGUCAAGAGAGCAGUGCAGAGAGUGCAAUACAUGGAGAAGGGCACCAUGACUGGACUGGCCCUCAAGCACAUGUUGGAGCACAGCUUCUCUGAGGCGGAAGGGGCUAGGCCUCUUUCCCACAAUGUCCCCAGGAUUGGCCUGGUCUUCACUGAUGGGCGCUCUCAAGAUGAUAUCUCAGAGUGGGCCAGAAGAGCAAAGGAAGCAGGAAUUGUCAUGUUUGCAGUUGGUGUUGGGAAGGCUGUUGAGAGUGAACUGAGAGAAAUUGCCUCUGAGCCAGUGGAUCAGCACUUCUCCUACUCGGCAGAUUUCAACACGAUGACUCACUUUGUUGACAAUCUCAAACUCAAUAUUUGUCCUGAGGAGGGCAAAGGAGAAACUGAAUUCCGCAACCCAUGUGAAUGUGAAGCCCUUGUGCAGUUCCAGUCGAACACUCUUGCAAUUCUGGAAGACCUCACUGAAAAACUCUCUCAGAUGACUACCAGACUUGACCAGCUGGAAAACCAGAUUACUGGCAAAAAGUGAUCACGACAAACAGCCUUCCAGGAGUUGGGGUUCAGACACAUCCCCUAACUCAUUGUUAGCAUUCCAAAACCUGUUGUAAAUGGCAGUCUGUUCUUAUAUCACAGGAUCCUGAGAGGAGGGGAAAACUCCCCCUUCUUCCUUGACUGAAAAACAGAACAACACUUCAUGACAGAAUUAUAUUUGCCUUUGCCUGGAAUGGGCAGUAGGCCUGAGCUAUGGGUCAUUCAGCCCAAACAAGUGGACAUUUUAAGGAAUCAGCAUGAAGUGGGGCGUUCAGCAUCUUCAAGAGCAACUGGGAGUGAUCAACGUUAAUAUAAUCUGCCGUGAGGCAUCACAACAAACCCAAGAACACCAGAGACCCAACUGCCUUCCUAGAAAACAGAGUUCCUUCCUAUUAAGUUAUCUUUAGGCCCAGAAGCUUCUGUAGUUUUUAAGCAGAAGAGCAACAGUUCCGCCUUUCUUGUUUCCUUCACUGUGAAUGGCAGGGCCUGCAGCAUUUCUAACUACAGCUUAUUGUUUUGAUUGUGCACAAAUUCGGUAUCUGACUUUUAAACUGAACAUAUAAUUUUUUAAAUAUCUAAAAUAAAAUGCCUUCCGCCACAAAACCCCCUCAAAACGACAACAUUUUUUGAUUAGAACCUUUCUCCCCAACACCGGCCUGACUUUGACAGUAUUGAUGGAGAAUUUGUCAUUCAUUCUGUUAUUUUUAUCGAAAAGUUUUUUAAAGAAAAAAAUUAUAUUUGUGUGUGUUUGUAUAUAUCUUUCUUUCUGAAAGCAGGGCGGUCAUAUUUUUUAAACAAACGUCUUUUUUAUUGUAUGUAAAUUUUUAUCUCAAAUAAACUUGCUGAAGAUUUCUAAAACACAGCUCCUAUCGCUUUACCAAAGUAUCUUUCUGAAUCAUUUUGCUAUAAUACAGCUGUAUUCCCUGUGUAAAAUUAAUGUACCAGCAAAGGAGUCUGGAAGGUGUUACUGUACAAUCAGAUAAAUUCACUGAGAAAUUGUCCAUGUUUGUCAAGGAUAAAGUUGGAGAUGA